AUGACUGUCACACACGAGAACGGUACCAAUGGCACCAACGGUACCAAAGGUGCUAAUGGUGCAAAGGUUUCUCAAGAGGCCUUCGUUGAUGUUUCGUCGGCCAUUGCGACCUCAACCAACCUUCCAGAUCAUGUUCCGGCUUUACUCGAGAAGGUUGCUACAUCCGGCAAAGCUUUUAUUUCAGAUGAUACGAAGGCUCGCACAGAUCUCUUAGAUGCAGCUCGCGCUCUGGUCUACGCCACAGAGACACCCAGAGAGGCUAUGAUCCGGAUAGCCUGGUCGCAGUCCACUCUGUAUGCGUGUAUUGAAGCCGGUGUCGACAUGGGCUUGUUCACUGCUCUAUCUAAGGAUGACAAGCCCAAAAGUGCUUCAUCGCUAGCCGAGGCUGUUUCUGCCGAGCCCAAAAUGCUAGCUCGUAUCUUGAAGCACUUGUGUGCCAUGGGUGUGAUUCUUGAGACCGGCCCUGAUGAAUACCGCCGGACUGGAUUCUCUAUCUCUCUCAUGUCAGAGCGCUUUAGCGACGCCUAUCCAUGCAUCACGGACUGCAUCACCAAGGGUGUCAUGGCCCUCCCCAACCAUCUCAGGAAGACAAACCUUCGCAACCCGACAGACGGUACCAAUUCCGCAUUUCAACUUGGCUACGAUACCAAAGACCACUUUUUCGAAUUCCUCGGAACACAUCCGAUUGCCGCCAAACAAUUCAACAACCAUAUGUCUGCGUACCACCAGGGUCGUCCUAGCUGGAUGGAUGCCGGAUUUUAUGACGUGCCCGGACUUGCCGAGCGUGCCACGGAGGAUAACUGCGUUCUGAUUGUUGAUAUGGGUGGCUCCCUUGGCCACGAUCUGAGUGAACUCCGCCGCAAAUGGCCACACGUUCCUGGCCGCUUUGUUCUUCAGGAUCUUCCGGCCGUGAUUCAACAAGCGCAGACCAUGAACCUCCACCGAUCUAUUGAGCCCAUGGAGCAUGAUUUCUUCACCGAGCAACCUAUAAAGGGGGCCCGUGCGUAUUACAUGCAUUCGGUCCUUCACGACUGGCCCGACGAGAAGUGCAUUGAAAUUCUCAAGAACAUCGUCCCGGCUAUGAAGCCUGGAUAUAGUAAAAUCUUGAUCAACGAGAACGUCAUCCCUGAGACAAAUGCCUACUGGGAGACAACUUCAUUAGAUAUCAUCAUGAUGAGUGAUUUCGCAUCGAGUGAAAGAACCGCAGGCAACUGGCAUUCCCUGGUGGAAGCCGCUGGCCUCAAGAUCAGCAAAAUCUGGACCGUCCAACGUGGCGUGGAGAGCCUCAUUGAGUGUGAGCUUGCCGAGUAA